AUGUCCGACACGCAACCAACAACACGCAGAACCCGAUUUGUUUGCAUCUCGGAUACUCAUAAUGCCUGUCCUGGUGGAGCCUUUAACCUACCCAAGGGAGAUGUUCUUAUAUGUGCUGGCGAUAUGACCAACCAAGGUUCCUUGUCGGAACUGAAAAAGACAGUUGACUGGCUGGAAGAAGCAGACUUUGAGGAGAAAAUCAUUGUUGCUGGCAACCACGACAUAACUCUAGAUUCCAAAUUCUAUGCCCAGUAUGGUUCACACUUUCACAAUCAAAAUCCACAGGACCCGAGACAAUGUCAAAGGCUUCUGGAGCAGUCUCCAUCAAUUACAUGGCUAAAGCACGCAGCCGCUGUGGUCAAGCUCACUACCGGUCCACAUACGACAUUCAAGAUAUUUGGUUCUCCAUACUCUCCUGUAGACGGCAUGUGGGCUUUUGGAUACAACGCCGAUGAAGCAAAGUACAUUUGGGAUCCGAUACCUCUCGAUACGGAUAUAAUUCUUACGCAUACUCCGCCAAAGUACCAUUGCGAUCAGAGGACACACGCGAAGGCAGUGGGAUGUGACACCUUACGCGAAGCUUUAUGGAAAGUUCGGCCAAGACUGGCAAUAUGUGGUCAUGUCCAUGAAGGGCGAGGUGCUGAGCGUGUUCACUGGGGGCCUAUAGACGAAGACAAAGUCGAACGAUGGGAAGACCCGGGCCGAAACAACAAGAAGAUCUCACUAGUUGAUCUGACAGCUAAAAGGCGAAAUCCGCUCGAGAAUGACGGUAAGUUAGAACGAAAAGAAACGUGCAUUGUCAAUGCAGCAAUCGUAGCUUCAAGCUAUCCUCACACUGGCGGAAGAAAGUUCAACAAACCAAUUGUGGUCGACCUUGAUUUGCCAGUGUGGGAGGAGGAGUGA